AAUCUCUAAAUCUGCUGCUCUCCGUGGGAGGAGAGAGAGUAUUAAUUUUGGUGUUUCAGAAUUCAGCUAAACCAUCAUCAUCUUCUUCUUCCUCCCACAAUCUUCCUUAUUUUUUAAUUUUUAUAUUUGGGUUCCAGCUUCUAAAUUAAUAUGGCUCAACUAAUGCCAUUAUUAAUCUUUGUGCUAACACUUGAGCAAUUAACAUCAGGGGCCGUAUCAACAACUUUCACAAUAGUGAACAAGUGCGAGUACACAGUAUGGCCAGGCAUUCUUUCAAACGCGGGUGUAUCACCUCUACCAACUACCGGAUUCGCUCUCCAAAAGGGUGAGUCGAAGGUCUUCACCGCACCAACCUCUUGGGGUGGCCGCUUCUGGGGACGAACCCAUUGCUCUCAAGAUUCCGCCGGGAAGUUCUCCUGCGUCACAGGUGAUUGUGGCUCCGGAAAGCUGGAAUGCGUAGGGAGUGGCGCUACUCCACCUGCCACGCUGGCUGAGUUUACUCUCGACGGCGCUGGUGGUCUAGAUUUCUUCGAUGUGAGCUUGGUCGAUGGGUACAACAUCCCUAUGCUUGUUGAACCCCAGGGUGGUACCGGCCAGAAUUGUACAAGCACGGGAUGCGUGGUGGAUUUGAACGGCGCGUGCCCUUCGGAGCUCAAGGUCACGAGCGUGGAAGGCAGUGAAGGUGUGGCAUGCAAGAGCGCGUGCGAAGCUUUUCGCCAGCCGCAAUACUGCUGCAGUGGCGCGUAUGCUACUCCUGAUACCUGUAAACCAUCUUCCUACUCUCAGAUCUUCAAGAAGGCAUGCCCACGUGCUUACAGCUAUGCAUACGACGAUAAGACCAGCACGUUCACAUGUGCGUCGGCGGAUUACACAAUCACAUUCUGUCCAUCCCCAAGUACCAGCCAGAAAGCGUCGCAGGGGCAGCAAAACACGCCGAGCACAAGCCCACCGCUCAUCAACAACACAAUGGUGUACGAAGGUGCUGCCUUAGACGAUUUCAGUGGAUCUCCGUCCACGUGUCCCCACGCGUUCGGAUCCCAUGCACUUGCCGGUGUGGUCAGCAUCACGGUGGCAAUUUGGCGGUUGUGGCAGCUCUUCUAACUCGUUCGCUAACUGAUGAAUUCAUCGGGAGGGUUGGCCCACAAGCUUCCAAAACCUGCCCCAUGGCUUUUGUCCUACUAUUCAGCGUGGACCCUACGGUCCUUUGUGACCUGGGUGGAGACCCACGAGGUGGGACAUGGUGACGUGGAAUUGUGUCAUGAUUGAAAAAGCUCACCUGUCAAUUAAUGGCUUAUUCCUUUAUUUUUCUUUUAUUAUUAUUAUUAUUAUUAUCAGUUUUUCUAAAAUCAUCAAGAAGAACAAGUACGGUAAUUGAAUGGGCAAAGAGAGUGGUGGGUGGGGCUGGGGUUGCAAAUUGCAUGAGGUUGAGCUGUGUUAUUAGGUUGAGAAAUAGGGAAUUAUUUAAACAUAUCUAUCUGAUUCUUUAUGUUAAAAGGAAGGUAGGGUAGGUUAGGGUUGGGAUGGGAUUCAUUUGUUUGUUUCGAGAAUGUAUCACAGUGAUUUACAUGUAACUACCAAAAUUUGGUUCCAAGUGAAUUGAAUUUUUUUCUUUUAUAUUAUAAUAUAUAAAAAAUAUUAGCUCUAA